GUUUAUUUAUAUUUUGUAUUAAAAGAUUUGAAUCUGCAAAGUAAGGGUUAGGGUUAGCUGUUGUCUAAUAAAUAUAGUGGGGUGAAAAGUACAUUAUUGGCUUACCAAUUUUAUAUUUUAAGUAGAAUAAAAUAGAAACACUCAAGUAAAAUACAAUACCUCAACAGUAGGCUACUUUAGUAAAUGUACUUAGUUAUAGUCCAUCGUAUACCUCCUACAACAACUUUGAAUUGCAUUUACUCUGCGGUGUUUUGUUUUACUUUUUUCAACCCCUCUAACCGGAAGUUGUGUGUCCUUACUCCGUGUCGCUUGACACUGACCAUUGAAGGAAAACGGAGCAGAAGAGCGAAACAUGGCGACUUCGAACAAUCCGCGGAAAUUCAGCGAAAAGAUCGCUUUACAUAACCAGAAGCAGGCAGAGGAGACAGCGGCGUUUGAAGAAGUGAUGAAAGACCUCAGCAUUACCCGGGCUGCGAGGUUGCAGUUGCAGAAAACUCAGUACUUGCAGCUGGGACCGAACCGUGGGCACUACUAUGGAGGAUCUUUGCCAAAUGUCAAUCAGAUUGGAAACAGCACUAUGGACAUGACUUUUGACAAUUCAGGGCUGGACAUGAACAGAUCGACGCGACACCACGGGCUGGUGGACAGAGUCUACCGGGACCGGAGCCGCAUCACAUCCCCCCACCAAAAACCCCUGACUAUUGACAAACAUGGACGCCAGAUUGACAGCUGUCCAUAUGGUUCAGUAUAUCUGUCACCACCACCUGAUACCAGCUGGAGGAGGACGAACUCUGACUCAGCACUGCACCAGAGCACAUUAACUCCUGCCCAACAGGCCUCUUUCACAGGAGGAUCACAGGAGCUCCAGCCAAAAAGAUUUCUCCUGCUCACUGUACCAGGGGCUGAAGUAAUCAAACAAGAGGUUGAUGAAAAUGGACAAAACCAGAACUGGGAGUGCAAAAAGAACAUUUCAAGGUCCAAGCCCUGCAAAGUUCCCGGGAUCCACAUAUUCCCGUCUCCGGACCAGCAGUUGACCACUUCACUAAAACCCGCAGCCCACAACACUGGCGGUUCUCUUCCUGACCUGACAAACAUCCAGUUUCCUCCUCCGCUGCCCACCCCGCUCGACUCAGAUGAUGCAGUGGAAGCCUCGUUCAGCUCCUCCAACAGCACACAGACCCUGGCUAAUGCGCAAGGAGUGAACACCUCUCAGCCCACAGUAACCAUGGAAAUUCAGUCUGGGCAGGACGACAUGGUUCCUCUCAUCCUGAAUGACUCCCACCAGCACCAGAACCUGCAGCUCUCCCCGACAUCUCCACCUCUCUCUCUCUCUCAGGCGGCCAUCAACGCCAUGAACCUUGAGCAGCAGCUGUCGCAGUAUGCCUUCUUCAACCAGCAGCCGUCGUCCCAGAGCCAGCAACAGACAGGUCUGGUCCAGCUGUCGACCUCCGUGAACUCCUGCUCCACGUCAGACAACCAGACGUCCUCACAAACCAACAUGACCGUGGACAUGAACACGGCCUCCUCCCUCCAACAGUACCGCAGUAGGGUCGGAUCCUCUGCCAAUCAGUCUCCAACCUCCCCCGUCUCCAAUCAAGGCUUCUCACCUGGAGGCUCGCCUCAACAUAACUCCAUUCUGGGCAGCGUGUUUGCAGACUUCUACGACCAGCAGCUCCCGUCCAUUCAGGCCAGUGCUCUCUCACAACAGCUGGAGCAGUUCAACAUGAUGGAAACCCCCAUCAGCUCUGACAGCAUGUAUACCCAGACGUCCACCCUCAACUACUCCCAGGCGCUCAUGAUGGGUUUGACUGGCCAUUGCAACCUUCAGGACUCGCAGCAGCUGGGCUACAGUAGCCAUGGCAACAUCCCAAACAUCAUUCUCACAGUGAGCGGAGAGUCUCCCCCAAGCCUGCCCAAAGACCUGACUGGCUCGCUGUCCACAGAUAUCAGCUUUGACGUCGACUCCCAGUUCCCACUGGACGACCUGAAGAUCGACCCGCUGACGCUUGAUGGCCUGCACAUGCUCAAUGACCCGGACAUGAUCCUUACUGACCCCGCCACAGAGGCCGCGUUUCGCCUCGACCGGCUCUAACCUCUGCAACUUCUAACACGCUCACACACAGGUGUGUGAGGACUGCUGCCCUGGGUGGGAGGGGGGGCAGAUUUCUGCUGGUCGAGACCUCGUCUGGGCGGACCAUCGAUUCAACACCAACCAACCCAAUCAAACCCCACAAGAGAGCUUUUAAAAGAAACCUCAUGCUUUGAAAUGUUUUUGAAGACUGGAAACCUUGAAUACCUGGAAAGAUGGAUUACGACUGAUGACACUGAAGUUAUGGUAUGAAUGAUAUUUAUGGUUCUGUCACUACUUUUUGAUAAAGGCACAUUUAAUUUUGAUUUAUUUAGAUGCUUAGUUUUCAUUUAAGGGAACUUGAUGAAAAUAUCAUGAAGGCAGAAGGAGGCUGGGCUCUUAUUCUCCAUCAAUGACUAUGAUUAAUGAUUAAAGCUGCAGAGCAAACCCUUAACAAUCUACAGAACACCUAGUGUAGCUGGGUGACUCAGAGCAAACACCUGUCAAGUUGGACCUCCUCCGUGCCAAGUUGGCUGUUCUCACUAGUACAUUCAGUUUGGAUAUUAAUUAAGAGCUAAUCCAUGUGUAGUCAACAAGCCAAAGUCAGGCCGGCUUUGAUUUUUCCCAAAUCUUCUCUAAAGUCUUGAGUGAAGAUGAGUUAUUAUUUUGCCACCUAAGUUAUUUUCAGGAGAUUUAGAUUGUACCAUAGUAAAUAGCAGUCAUCAGUUAUGCAUGAAAUCACAAACCACUGUGCAUACUUGUUUUGCCUUAAUAGCUUGACAUUUUGGUUUUCAGGCAAACAUGACUAUUAUGUAAAUGAGAAAAAAAUAUUUCAUUGUCUAGUCCUUUUUACUGUUUGGUUUGGCCUACAUAAUUCACAGUUGCAUUACUGUAGUUGUAUUUUUGAUGUGCGCUGAUCUUUACCCAUUACUUCAUCCAUUGUCACUACCAUAUCAUCUAAAAGGAUUAAUGAGUUCUUUGUUAUGAAAUAGAUGUUUACAGGCUUGUUUCGUUUUAUAUUUUACAUGUACAGAAUGUGAUUAGAUUUUGCGUAAUGGUAUCUAUGCAAAACUACAGCAAUUGGUUUAGGACUGUAAAAUGAAACGGAUAAUAUGAACCCUUACAAAAGGAAGCCAAUGUGCACGGUUCUUAUAGAAUGCACAGCGAUGGUGCCAUGUUAUAUUUCUUUUGAUACUUUUGAAACUCUUUACAUUUUCCUUUCAGUCUAGGACAGUGGAGAGAAAAGAAUGCUCAGUGUGUGUCAUACAGUAGAAGCUCUCCUGGAUUUCUCCCAAAGAUGUGACCUCAGUGUAGUUGAAAUAUAUAUAUAUUUUUCCAGACAAUUGAACUGCCUCUAUCCUAGAACAGCAUUGUUGAUACAAUGAGAAUGUAUUUAGGUCACAUCUGUAUAGUUGUGUUGUUGCCAUCCUGUCAUCCUCAUUGCCUCUCUUAUCUAGUCUUUAUGUACGGUAGAACCAAAUCUUGUUUUAGGUUUUAUAUUUGAUUUUUUUUGUUUCCUUGGUACUACAGUGAAACCGAAUAUCCGUUUCCUCGUCAUGCUCGUGUGGUCUGUGCCCUUUAUCGAUUUGUUCCAUGUCUCUCCGGGCUUUGGUUCUGCAUUCAUACGGCUUCAUGAAUUUGCUCUUUAAAAAAAAUCCUCAGUGAGUGGGUCCAUUGGAUUCACUCACAACUGUGUCCCAUCUCUCAUAUUGCACUUUAUGCAUUUAUUUAAAACACUGAUUAAUGAGAGUUUAUAUACCAAACAUCCCCUGUGACUGUUAAGUGCACUGGACCUGUUUGCCCUGUCUUUGAUUAAACUUGCCUUCUUGUAAAAAAAGAAAAGAAAUGUGAAUAAAGGGUAAAUUAAAUAAGUUAUUUUUGAGAAGUCAUAUACAGAUAGUCUAUUUAAAAGAGCUGUUUUUACUUAAUCAGUGAGUAUGUUGUUAGCUGUCUGUUUACACAGUUUUCCCUCAAUUUUGGAUAAAUAAACUAGAAAGAUAUUUAUAAUUAUUCACUGAUUAGAAUAUUAAGAAUUUAUUGUUAAAAUAUUUAAAGAUACAGGUACGGUUUAGUGUGAUUUCUCAGAUGAGUACAUUUGAAAGUUGCAUAUUAUCACAAUAUUGUGCCAGAUGGGAUCAACCCAUCCCUGAAAAGUAUUUUAUGGAAUUUAUAUUGUAAUUCAGUCCAGGUAUAAUUAUUAUUAAAAUGCCCAUACAAAUUAAUAUAUGUUAAGUUCUCAUAAAUAUUCCGCACUAUGAAAAAGGCUAUUCUGUAGCUGCAACAUCAUCACUGUUGAUGUGUGUCAAGGUCCUCCUGUGCCCUCUAUUCCACCAUUAUUCUCACAUAGUGUAAAUCAAAACUGUUCUGACAAAUGUGGUUCGGAUCAGUUAAAAUUACGUUUUUGAGCUUGAAGAUUUUUUUUUUUUUUUUUUUUACUUAAAAAAAAAACAAAACACUGUUUUGGUGCAUUACGUUUCUGAAUUUUGAUGUAGUGUUUUCUUAUUUUUUUCUCUUAUUUUAAUAAUGUUGUGACUGCAUGAAUAUCUGGACAUGUUUUCCCCUUUACGGCUUGGGUUAAUUUUACCUUGAAGGGUGGAGUCAGCUUUGUUUGUCGAAGUGUUUUGUUUUUCUUGUUUGGCGAUAUCGUCCUUUUGUCUCUUUUCAAUUCAGCGUCAUGUGUAGGCUAAUGUAUCUGCAAAGUAAAGCCUAAAAGCAUCGGAAAUAUGGUAAUCAGCCUUUUAUGCACACGUAGAAGCUGUUGUUUGGUACUUUGUUUUACACUGCAAUAUACAUUAUGUGCUUAUUUUCUGUGCAACACCCACAGAGUUUUAUUAUGUCAUGGUAAAUCUAGACUAGCUUUGUAUAUUGCUGUAAGGUAGGAACAAUGUUUUUCGUGCUUUAUGUGCUAUGAUGUCAAAGUGGGAAAAUGCACUGAGAAAUAAUGUGCUGCAAUAUGUCAUUGUGGCUCGAUAUUCUCUGCUGGUCCUCAGACUUUAUAGUGAGCCUGACAUCUUUGUCGGUCCAUUUUCUGUUUAGGCAUUUCUUUGAACUUUUUGUGUGCUCAUGUAGAUAGCUCUGACUGUUACUGUCACCUUUUUAUGCAUCAACGUUCAGGUAUCCAUUGGUAUUAUACCAGUGUUUACAGAGACAAGAGUUUACACCAGAGCAAUGUUUGUUUUUCUCUCCAUAAAAAAAUGUUUGUUAAAUACUGGAAUACCAGACUACAUAUGAACCACUUGCAGUGUAGAAUAGCAAAAUUGUUUUGCUAUUUAUAUUUACUAGUGAAUCAGUAAUGUGAUUUCAAUACUAUGACCAUAAUAAUAUAUUCUACUUCAUGAGGUUUUGAAGUUAUAUGGAUUCCUUGUAUUUCCUAUGGACCCUGAAAGCACUUUUUAUUUAAUUUACAGACUUUUAUUUGCAGAAAUUCCCCUUUCUAUACUUGCUAUGACAUCAGAAGUUCCUUUUAAUACAAUAGGUACUAUUUAGAUUUUAUUCAAUUUAGUUUUAUAGUAAAUCUGUCAUCUGCACUGUAUAUUCUUCUCUCUUUUAGGGUUAAAUCAGUAGCUGAACCUUUAAGCCAAAGUUCAAAACAGCCAUAAAUGAGAGAAUACUUAGACAUUUUAUCCUUCUAACUGUUGAAACACACCCUCUCCCUUCUGUUUUUUUAAAUAUUGUUUUGGGGUACGAAUUAUUUCAUAUAUAAACUAUGAACGUAUCGAUGCAUUGUUUACAUUUAAAAUUACUACAGACAUUUGCAGCAUAACUUAAAGAGAUGCGACUGACUUAUCCAAUACCUGGGGAAUCUCUUUUCUGCAUGAUGCUGAAUUUCAAAAUACCCUGACAUAUUGUAUUUUGCUUUAAAUUAAGUAUUUUGUUUUGCCUUGUUUUAUAAAUCUGCUGUUGAACACUAUUUUGUAGUGAAUAUUACUAUAUACAUAUUGUCCGAGAAAAAAACAGACAUACAGUUAGAAAUAACAUAAGAAAUAGCAGAUACAGAUACUGUACAGUCAUGUUAAAACACAAACUGAAUCAGGAAGAUGAAACGGAGUCAUAGUCGUAUACAGAUACUCAGUGGGUUACCCACAUCUAUGAAUCCUUUGUGUGCAUUUUGAGGACAGCCCGCUGCUGGUUCAAGCCUCAUACAAUGGCAGCUAAAUUGUUAUACAAUGUAUUUUGUUUCUGAGUACAGUGAUACGACUACAAACACUGCACAUGCAUUUUACUGCCGUGGAGGGGUGCACAAUGCUCCUAUAGUACAUUCGCAGCAACAGGAAAUAUUAUGCUCAUAGAAUAUGCAAAAUCUGGCAUUCUGCAGCACAGCUUGGCAAGUUGGUACUUUUUUGAGAUAACCCUUUAAAAAUUACUGGUUCAAACCUUGUUCUUCAGAUGGUGUGUUUUCUAUUAUCUGUCAAAUCGGACCAAAAGAAUCCAAGUUGGCUGUAAAUGUGUGCUACAUUAAAGAUGAAAUACGCUUCUGUUUGAAAUGUACCUAUUGUAUUUUUCUUGUGUGAAGGCUUCUGUCUUUGUAUCUUUGCAUUAUUAUUUGUAAAUGAAAUAAAAAUAAAUAUAUCUAACUAA